GUUGAAAAUACAAUAACACAUGACACACACACAGUAUACACGCAAUGCACUCGGAAUAUACGCGUGAUUACUUGAUUCCGCACGUAAAGUUAACAAGCUGAUUGUUUAUUUUGAAUUAUCGAACAUUCGUAUCGCAUCGGUAUAGAUUCUACUGCUGGAAAAUAAAAAUGAGUGUAACGAGUGACGUGAAUUUGCGAAAUUCGACCGUUACGAGUUUUGACUGGUUUAUUAUUAAACCAUCGAAUUUAACGUGGAGCAAACAAACGUCCAAUUUCUGCUUACAGAAUCAGUCAAUCAAUAAAUGCUUUUUAAAACUGGAGUGCAGCCUGUCGAAUCAACAUUACAGUUUAUUUGUAAUAAAAUUAGAACUGCGAUUUAUAAACGAUCUGCCAAAAGGUAUAAAACACACGACGUUCAAUGUCAUUCUGAACUUUCAAGGCAGUCGAAAUCCGAAAAAUCACAUUUUUGAGCUCGCGAAUGUCGGACCAGAUGGAAAAUCGUACUCUAGUUCGAGAAAUAUCGUGACCGAUUGGUUUUUCAACAGAAUUUUAAUAAUGCGCGUCGACAUUGUGCAGACGAAUUCCACUUAUUUCAAUACGUUACCGCGAGACUUAAAGUGUCUAUUGGACGACGAAAGUUACAGCGACUUGAAACUGUGUGUCAAAGACCAAAUUUUUAACGUACACAGGAGCAUACUAUCUUGCCGAUGCAAAAUACUUGCGAGAAUGAUAAAAACCGAUACUUUGAAGGAUUUUAACGACGUAGUGGAGUCGCAGGGUAUAAGCUCGAAAGCAGUAAAGGAAUUGCUAAAUUACAUUUACACCAGCGAUUGUGAUUUCGUAGAAAUCGCACACGAGUUGUUCAAAUUAGCGUACUUUUUGAAUAUCACAGAAUUGGAAGUCAGGUGUAAGGAAUUUAUCUUUAAAAAUAUAGAUUCUAACAAUAUUGUUAACGUACUCGAAUUGUUAGACGAUGAAAAGUACGAAUUAGCGUAUUUAAAGGAAGCUGUGGCUCAGUUUGUCAAGUUAAAUGAAGACAGCUUAAUAAAGGAUGAGCGCUUUUUAAAACACGUUCGCAAAUCCAUUAGACUAGAAAACAUAGGAUUUAUUAUUCGAUUAGCUUGUAAGUAUAGAUUAGGAGAAAUUUAUAUGUUUGUACUGAACUCAAUUGUCGACAGUGUAAAAAUAGAUGAUACACGAAAUAAUAUGUCAAUUUCGGAUGCAUCGAUUUAGUUAAAAUAGAAUGAAAAUGUAAUUUUUCGUUAAUAAUCAAAGUAAGGCUGUGUAAAAUUAUCGAGACCUUUUGUAACCGAGAACCAUCACGAUUAAAACGAAUUAAAAUACAUCUCUAUGCAAGAUAACGAUAACCUUGGACUGUUUUACAUGCGCAAAAGUGACCUAUUUUAAGACUCUGUAGCUACAUAACUAAUUCGUUUAGUGGUGUUCUUUUUAAAGCUCUCCCUAAUGAAAUAACGAUACUCUUAUGAAUAAUUUCAAAUAUAUUUUAAGUUUCACCUUUGAUCUAUCUUCAAAUCGAGAAGAUACAAUGAGUUUGUAAUAAUAUUGUGAAUGCAUACACGUACGUUCAUUCAAAUAAAGCAUAUACCGACGAUCAAA